AUGUCUACCCCUACGAGCCCCGCGGAUACGAAACUCCCGCAGCGGUCGAACACCGUGAGCAGCGGGUUCACCCGUCGCACGUCGGUGAGCGACGAUGAAGCCAUUCCCCAGACCGAUAGCAGUGAGACCACCACUCUCUUGCUCGAGCGUUUGAAGGCAUGGAAGCACAUGUGUGGAUAUCUCGAGGACUACUUCUCUGUGACCGCCAAGGUGCAGAGGUCCCAGUCCAAGGACUAUGAGAAGAUCUUGAAGACCGUGAACGAGCCCCUCAAGGAAGGCCACCACUUCAGCUCCGGCGCCGGUGGAGUGACAGGUCUGUUCGAGAACAUUCGCAACAACACCCAGGGCAUUGUCAACAUGUACCUGGACGGCGAGAAGAACAUCAAGGCCGGCGUGCUUCCCACCCUCGAGCGUCUGCACAAGGAAAUCAAGAACAAGUCCAAGGAGCUGAACUCCGGCGCAUCCAAGGGCGCCAAGUCCGUCGAGAAAGCUCGCGCCCUCACCCAGAAGCACAUCGAGCUCCUGGGCCAGAACUCCGCCUCAUUCGACGCAGCUGCCUCCAACAAGCUCGACCAGCAGCACGACCCGUACAUCCUCAAGCGCGGCAUCAACCACCGUCUCAACAACCAAGUCAACGAGGAAAACAACCACCGUCAAGACAUCCUCGCCGUGCAGAACUCAUUCCAGCAAUUCGAGGCCCAUCUCCUGCAAACCGUCCAGGGAGCCCUCGAACAAUUCCACCAACAAAUGGGCGGCCAGAUCGAGCGCCAACGCGCCAUGUACGCCGACAUCCUCGGCACCGCCCAGCGCAUCCCCCCAGACUUCGAAUGGGUGAACUUCUGCAUGAGCAACGACGCAACCCUCGUCAACCCGGAUGCACCCCCGCGCUCAUUCUCCAGUAUCACGUUCCCGAACAUGGACCACCGCGCCACCCAGCCCUUGAUCGAGGGCUCUCUUGAGCGUCGCUCCCGAGCCGUCAUCAAGGGCUACUCAACUGGCUACUAUGUCGUCAGCCCGGCCCGCUAUCUCCACGAGUUCAAGGACAACGACGACUUCCGGAAGGAUCCCACCCCCGAACUCUCCCUCUACCUACCAGACUGUAUCGUCGGAGCCAUUGACGGCGUGAAGUUCAACGUCAAGGGCAAAGACGUUUCCUCAGGCAAGAUCGGUAACGCCUUCCACACCAAUACCGAACUCAGCUUCAAGGCCCAUACAGCCAGCGACGCCGAGAAGUGGUGGACUGUCAUCAAGGACGCAACACGUAGCCCUGUCCCGACCCUGGCCUCGCCUGCCGCUGCUUCUCCCGUCGCUACAUCUCCCGCUGCGUCAGUGAGCCCGUCCCGCAACGUCUCCGGCCAGAGCCAGCCUCCUACCUAUGCCGAGAAGGAGAUGGAGAAGGCCCAGCCAGCCUCUCAGCCUGCUGCGGCUUCUACUGAUGUCAAAGAUGCUGCUGCUGCUAGCCCUUCUGCCGCUGGCCCUGCUGCUGCUAGUCCUGCUGCUGCUAGUCCUGCUGCCACUAGCCCGGCACCUGCUAUCAGUCGCACUGCCAGUACCACCAGCCACUUCCACGGUUCGCCCGGUGGAGCGGCAGUGGAGAAGUCCGAGAAGUCGUAA